AUGGAUCUCGUUUGGAUAUUUUGUGGUGGAAACACACAGCUGUUUUACCAGUUUGUGAACUUACCAUUUGCAUUUCUGUUUUGUUGUUUAGCCAGACACGGACAUCUCUCAAUAAUGAACAGGUACAUCUAUCUGACAUUGGGAGGAUUCAUCCUGGCCAUUGUAACAAUGGGUCCAUACAGCUUAUUGCUGUUCUUCAGUGCCGUCCUUCUCCUGCUGCUGAUCCACUGUCUACAUCCAAUGCAUGUUCAUCAGUGGACGCUGGGACUGCAGAUGUGCUGGCAAACCUGCUGGCAUUUGUACAUCCAGUACCAGUUAUACUGGCUUCAAGAAACACCAGACUCUAGACUUUUACUGGCCAUAUCCGCUCUCAUGUUGAUGACCCAGAGGGUUUCUUCUCUAUCGCUUGAUCUGCAGGAAGGAAAACUCUCUAGUCCCUUUCAAAACAGCAGUCAGGAUCAACCCGUCCUUAUUCAAUUUCUAAGCUACUCACUUUAUUUCCCUGCUCUUCUUGGAGGACCACUUUACAGUUUCAAAACGUUUGUGGAGUCUGUUAGGCAAAUUAGUGUAACUCCACCCCUUGCUUCAUAUUUAGGGAAUCUUACUUCAAAGAUAUUUCAAGUUGUAGUUUUGGUGUGGAUUAAAUAUCCUCUCAAGGAACUCUUAAAAUCAGUCAUAUUCAGAGUAAACAGCACUUGUGUUUUUCAAGAUAUAUUAUGGAUCUGGAUCCUGUCGCUGCUACUUAAGAUGAACUAUUAUGCGCACUGGAAGAUCAGUGAGUGUGUUAACAGUGCUGCAGGAAUAGGUCUCCAUGGUCACAGUGGAAAAACAUCAUGGGAUGGGCUUUCUGAUGGAAGUCCAUGGGUGACUGAAGCGUCGAGUCGUCCUUCAGUUUUUGCACGCCAGUGGAACAGAACCACGGCGGAGUGGCUUCGAAGAAUGGUCUUCAAAAGGUCCAACAGAUCUCCACUGUUCAUGACCUUUGGGUUCUCAGCGUGGUGGCAUGGCCUUCAUCCAGGGCAGAUUCUGGGCUUUCUCAUCUGGGCCUUCACUGUGCAGGGGGACUACAAGCUACAUCACUUCUUGCAUCCAAAGCUUACUUCCCUGUGGAGGAAAUGGCUGUACGUAUGUCUAAACUGGGCCUUUACUCAACUGACCAUUUCAUGUGUUGUUGUCUGUGUGGAACUUCAGAGUUUAGCAUCAGUGAAACUGCUCUGGUCCUCAUAUAUCUCUGUGUUUCCACUGCUGAGUAUUCUGAUGAUUUUUAUCCUGUGAGAAAUUCAUAGUUUCAGUUUAUUUUAUAUAAAUGUAAUCCAAUAUCUCAUCAAAUAUGGUAAACACAGAAGAUUAACCAAGCUUGCUUGACCAG